GCUCCACGUGGGGAAGUGGGAGCAGCCGCCUGCAGCCAGAAGAGCCGGCGGGAGCGUGGCCGCUGCUGAGCCGCAGCCAUGGGCGGCCUGGAGAAGAAGAAGUACGAGAGGGGAUCUGCCACAAACUACAUCACUAGAAACAAGGCCCGGAAGAAACUACAGCUGAGCCUCGCAGACUUCAGGCGUCUGUGUAUCCUGAAGGGGAUCUACCCCCAUGAGCCCAAACACAAGAAAAAGGUGAACAAAGGUUCCACUGCUGCUCGGACUUUUUACCUCCUCAAAGACAUCAAGUUCCUCCUUCAUGAGCCCAUCGUCAACAAGUUCCGGGAGUAUAAGGUGUUUGUCCGGAAACUCCGGAAAGCAUACGGGAAAAGCGAGUGGAAUACUGUGGAGCGGCUGAAAGAUAACAAGCCCAGCUAUAAGCUUGACCAUAUCAUCAAGGAGAGAUACCCGACCUUCAUCGAUGCCCUGCGGGAUCUGGAUGAUGCACUGUCCAUGUGCUUCCUCUUUGCCACCUUCCCGCGCACUGGCAAGUGCCACGUGCAGACCAUCCAGCUGUGCCGCCGCCUGACUGUGGAGUUCCUCAACUAUAUCAUCGCCUCCCGCUCCCUGCGCAAGGUGUUCCUGUCCAUCAAAGGGAUCUAUUACCAGGCCGAGGUGCUGGGGCAGCCCAUCACCUGGAUUGCUCCAUAUGCCUUUGCCCACGAUCACCCGACGGACGUGGACUACAGGGUCAUGGCAACCUUCACGGAGUUCUACACCACACUGCUGGGCUUUGUCAACUUCCGCCUCUACCAGUCCCUCAACCUGCACUACCCCCCCAAGAUUGAAGGCCAGGCUGAGGCAGAGUGGAAGCCGGAGGAGGGGCAGAUGUACGCCAUGGACUCAGAGAGCUACAUGGAGAAGCUGUCGGCUCUGAGUGCCAGCCUAACCCGAGUGGUAGCGCCGAACCCAGAGGACGAAGUGCAGGUGGAUGAGUUCCCUGUGGAUGGGGAGAGUGCGGAGCAGGAGGUGGCGAGGAAGAAGGAGCAGGAGGCAGUAGAGAAGCAGAAGAAGCUGUUUGAGGGGCUGCGGUUCUUCCUGAACAGAGAGGUGCCUCGGGAGCCCAUAGCUUUCAUCAUCCGGUGUUUUGGAGGCAGUGUGUCUUGGGACAAGUCUGUGUGCAUCGGUGCCACCUAUGAUGUGAGGGACCCAACCAUCACCCACCAGAUUGUCGACCGGCCCAGCCUGGAGAAACAGGUGAUAGGCAGGUAUUACCUCCAGCCGCAGUGGGUGUUCGACUCUGUCAAUGCCAAGAUGUGCCUCCCAGUGGCUGAUUAUUUCCCUGGCGUGCUGCUGCCUCCUCACCUCUCGCCCUUUGUUUCGGAGAAGGAUGGGGACUACAUACCACCUGAAAAGCUGAAGCUGCUGGCCCUGCAGAGGGGCGAGAACCCAGCGGAAGAGAGCGGAGAGGAGGAGGAGGAGGACAGUGGUGAUGAUGACGACGAAGGCUCUGAAAAGGAAGGUGAUGGGAAACUGAAGAAGCUGGAAGAGCAGCGAUCCCAGGGAAAGAAGCUGCCAGUGAAGGUGUCAGCAGGCACGGUGCGGCUGGAGGACAAGCAGCGAGCAGCCCAGGAGGAGCAGAGCGAGGAGAAGCGUCUCGCCAUCAUGAUGAUGAAGAAGAGGGAGAAGUACCUUUACCAGAAAAUCAUGUUUGGGAAGAAGCGCAAAGUCCGAGAGGCGACCAGACUCGCCGAGAAGAGGAAAGCUCAUGAUGCUGCCACAAAAUCAGAGAAGAAAACCAAGAAGGUGCGACGGGAGUGACGGGUCUGUCGUUCUCUGCCCUCCCUCCAGGACUGGAGCUGCCCCUUGGCCCAAAAGACCUGCUUUCUAGGCUGUACCUUGGGCCUUCUCCAGGACAAGCCAUACAACAGAAGCCACCGGCAUCUGGCCAGCCGUGACCUUCAGCUCUGUCAAUGCUCUGGGGACACCCUCAAUUACCACCUAUCCCCUCUAUUUAAAAACAAAGCCAACCUCUUCCCCGAUCCUCUGGGACCGCAUCCAAGGCGAGGCUGCGGGAUUGUUCUUUGUCUGCUUCACCCACUCCAAUGCUAACAAGUCAUGGGUGGGAGGGGGCAGUGGAUAUCCCCCACCUGUUUUUUCCUGGCAGAGCCUCCAGGUAUGCAGAUGAGGGGUGUGGAAAGGGAAGAAUCCUUCCUGUGGCUGCAGCAGAUCAUGGAUGCAGCCAAAGGUCCCCAGAGAAGCCAAAUGGCCUGUUAAGUGUCAGCAGCUCUCCCCAGGUCAGGGGAGGGGAGGCUGGGCCUGGUGCAGCCAAACAUCUUGGGGCUCUGGGUACGGGUAAAAGCAGGACCCAGGGUGAGCUGGGCCAGGCUCUGAGCUGGGGCUCCUCCAGCAGGCUGGGCACCCUGGAGCCUGCGGCAGGUGCCGCUCUGAGGGAGGGUCCCUUUGCUGUUUGCUUUGCAGGCUGGGGAUCUGCACCGUUCCUUGCAACCAGUGCAGGCAGGUUGUGGGGCCUCCUGGGAAAAGCUGGCCCUCCCCCUUGCCCCUGAGCUCCCCUCCUCACAGGGGCCUGUAAAUGACUGAUUUUUACUGUACUUUAUUAAAGUCAACUUUCACAGCUGGUCUCCCAUAGGGUCUGUCCCCUCCUGCUUGGUGCUGGCAGGGCUGGAGUAGUGUUUCAGGUGCCUGUUUGCAGAUACUGCGGUGCCAUCAGGAUUAGAUGGCAUCUGAGCAGCAGGGUUGGAGAUCUCGGAGGUGCCUAAAUGUUGGCCUGAUGCACCUAAAGCAACUGUUAGGUCAUGUCUAUGCAACAGUGGCUGCGGCAGCACAGCCGCGGCACUGCAGUUGUAGCCCUUUAGCAUAGACACUUCCUACAUCGAGGCUAGGGGGCUGUCUGUGGCUAUACUUAUUCUACCUCUCUGAGAGGCAGUAUCGAGGUUGGCGGAAGAAUUCUUCCCUCACCCUAGCUGUGUCCGUGCUGGGUGUUUCGCAGUCCUGGGCAAUGUAGCUGGGUCCAUAAGUUUUAAGGGUGGGCCAGGCCUAGGUUCCUCUGUGGCUGUAGCCCAGAGAUACCAAGUGACUGGCCCAAGAUCCCCCAGGCAGCCUAGCAAAGCAGGGCCUGGACUCAGGGUUUCAGUCCUAGAUCUUCAGUGGGCCAUCCUUCUCCAUAGUCCCACUGUGUUAGUCCACUCUCAGGGCCCCACCCUGCUCUUUUGCCAUACUUCUACCCUUUAGUUGCAACACCAGCAGCUCAUUGACGUGGCAAAUGGAACUACGAUAACUAAGUUAAUCAUACCGUAUGCCUUUUGCGGGGGUUUUACUCGGGGGGGUGGUGUGAUCCACAUGUUUAUAGUGUGGUAUUUGAGUUUUUAGGUGCAAAGAAAGGAAGAGAAGCAGUGGUGAGGAGUCACUGGUUUUAUAAUCCCUAGCUCUUAUCAGCUCUCCAGCACUUUCAAAGAGGUCCAUAGCAUCAUCUUUUUACAGCUGGAGAAGCUGAGGCACAGGGAGAUGAGGUCAGCCUGCCAGGGGUAGUGCUGGGAAUAGAACCCAGGUUUCCUGAGUCUUAUUCCAGUGUUCAAUCUACUGGGCUGCACUGCCUCUCUAGCUGCAGGCAGCCAGCCAGAGAGAGGAGCAGCUUAGCUAAAAGGAGCCAGAGAGAACUACCCAAUGGGUGUUGGAGUUACUGGACAUGCUCUUUCCGUGAAGUGUAGGCAGUCUUGCACAUUCCACAUGUUCGCUCUCUGAGAGAUGAGCCAAGGGGCAAAGGUUAUAAAUAUGGGAGCUGGGGAGAGUCCUGUGGAUGCAGUGGCGGAUUGAUCCAGAACCGAGAGGGCUGCUCUGGAGACUUCAUCCCUGAUCUACUAGCUUUGGAUCUAGCCCUGCUGCUGCUCUGAGUAAUUUGCCAUUGAAAUCAGUGGGGUCCUGGUAUACAAGGCAGCUGCUCAUCUGAGCCCCUUUUCUUUGUCAUGUGGCUCCAUGCAAAGAGAGGCAGGCAACCUCACCAAAUGCCUGCCAGACAGCAAUGGAUGAUGUCUGAUGUGCACCAGCCUGUACAGGGUCUGAAUGGGUAAAAAGCUCUGCAUUGCUGUACUCCACCCUCUGAACUGUGAACUUCCUGCCAUUGGAAAUUAUUUUGCACAGUUAAAAAUACUGAUUAGUUUCUACAUCUAGGCAAGGGCCCAGCCCUCUGAUUUUAUAUUGCAGAUCAUAAGGGAAUGAUAAGGGGGUGGCUGGCUAGAGCAUGCAAGAUUGGACUCUACUUCCAACCUGAGCUAAGUUCUGCUCAUAAACUUCAGUAUCUGUCAUGGGGUGGGGCGGAGGUUAAAACCUGUAUUUUGCAGAUGGCUGCUGUUUUUAUAAAGUGUUGAACCAAAAGCUGGCAUCCAAACAGUCUGAACAGCAUUAUGGGGUGAAAGCAGACUCCUAGUUUUGUGUCUUCUGUCUCUGCUUAAAGUAAGGGCAAUAUAUCAACAGAGAGAUAGUAAUGCUUUCCUGACCACUCUCUGCUGCUUGGUAGCCACCGCCUUGUGCCAGCCUAGGGCCUGGCUCGAGCAGACCAUACCAACUUGGGUGUAUUUUGUACAAGCUCCACAGAGCCACCAAACUCCUGUAAUUGGGAUUGUAGUUUCAAUUGAAAAGACUCAUGCCCCAGCCUGCUUCCAUACAUCUUAGUAUCUUCACACCAGUCUGCUCAAACCACCACCAUUGUAUUCUGAGCAAUGUCUGUCAUACAAACCAUGUCCCCUAAAACCUUCCACUGUUAAACUGCAGCAGGGAACACAAUGAGAGAUGUAAGAAGGCAAUGACUGGUUGAUACUACAAGUAAAGGAAAUUUUUUGAAUGAA